UAUGAGAGCCCCAACAGCCCAGCCCGGCACGGCUCGUAGCUUCGGCUCCACCUCCAGUUCUCACCGUACCCCGGGAUCAAGAAGGACCCCCCACAGUGCCACAGGAGCGUCCAGCGCCACCCCAGGGGUUCCCCUGACAGCUAACAUCAUAGCACUUGUGGAGGGGCGUGGCCUGGCUAGGGGAGAGAUCGGCAUGGCAACCAUCGACCUGAAGAGACCAGAACUCAUCAUCUCACAGUUCUCCGACAGUCAGACCUACGUCAAGACCAUGACCAAGAUCAACAUUCUCCAGCCCAUUGAGAUCAUCAUGCCCAACACAGCCUGUGAGAACGGCAACAUGACCAAACUCUUUAAACUCAUCAGUGAUAACUUCAACAGCACCAACAUCUCCACUGUACAGAGAAAGUACUUCAAUGAGACAAAAGGUCUGCAGUAUGUUCGUCAGCUCUGCGUGCCAGAAUUCAACUCCAUAGAGAUGGAGGUGGCCUCCAAGUACUAUUCCCUGGCCUGUACUGCUGCCUUACUGAAGUAUGUGGAGUUUAUCCAGAAUGUGGUGUAUGCUCCAAACUCACUCAAGAUACUCUUCAGGGGAAGUGAGCAGUGCACCAUGAUCGACGCCUCCACUGCCAGGAACCUUGAGCUGCUGCAGAACGUGCGCGACCCUAAGAGCCAGCACACCCUGUUUGGUGCCAUGAACUUCACCAAGACGGCUGCGGGUGCCAGACUAACCAGGGCCAACAUCCUCCAGCCGCCCUGUGACUUAGAAACCAUCAGCAUGAGGCUGGACUGUGUGGCUGAACUGACUGACAAUGAGGAACUUUUCUACAACCUGCAGUCAGUUGUGAGCCGGUUCCUGGACGUAGACCACCUCCUGUCCGUGUGUGUGCAGAUCCCCAAACAGGAGACAGUGAAGACUGCAGAGAGUAAGAUCACCAACAUUAUCUACCUGAAACACACCCUGGAACUGGUGGAGCCACUGCAGGCAGCACUCAAGGGCUGUGAAAACCAGCUCUUCAAGGCUUAUUACAAUACCCUGGCAGAUCCCAGGUUUGGUCUGAUCAUGGAAAAGAUCCAGACCGUGAUCCACGACGACACGCGGUACCAGCGAGGCAGCCUCAACAUGAGGACACAGAAGUGCUUCGCUGUCAGGCCUAACAUCAAUGGUUUGUUAGAUGUAGCCAGGAGGACCUACACUGAGAUUGUGGAUGACAUUGCAGAGAUGAUCCGCCAGCUUGGAGAGAAGUACAACUUGCCGCUCCGUACAGGGUACAACUCCUUCAGGGGGUUCUUCAUACAGCUGGUGCAUGGUCCCAAGGAUGGACCCAUGCCAGACAAGCUACCCGACUGCUUCAUCAAGAGAGUGAAGGUGAAGAGUUCCCUCAGUUUCACCACCACAGACCUGAUCAAGAUGAAUGAUCGCAUUCGUGAGUCCCUGAAUGAGAUCUACCUCAUGACCAAUGUAGUAGUGAGUGAGCUCCUGAAUGAGGUGCGAGACCAGAUCGGCUGUCUGUACAAACUGACCGAGACGGUGGCCACUCUGGACAUGCUGGUCUCCUUCGCACACGCAUGCACACUGGGAAACUAUGUGCGUCCAGAUUUCACGGACACUCUGGCGGUGAAGCAGGGCAGACACCCCAUCCUGGACAAGAUCUCCAUGGAGCCUCCCGUAGCCAACAACACUUAUGCCUCCGAGGGGAGCAACUUUGUCAUUGUGACAGGACCAAACAUGAGUGGAAAGUCGACCUACCUGAAGCAGAUAGCCCUGCUUCAGAUCAUGGCCCAGGCUGGCUCAUACGUCCCCGCCGAGUACGGGUCCUUCCGCGUUGCCGACCAGAUCUUCUCUCGCAUCGGCAGCGAUGAUGACAUCGAGACUAAUGCCUCGACCUUCAUGCUGGAGAUGAGGGAGGUAAACUACAUCGUCCAGAAUGCAACCAACAACUCCCUCAUCAUCAUAGACGAGUUAGGACGAGGCACAAGCAAUGAGGAGGGAGUGGGGCUCUGCCAUGCCAUCUGUGAAUACCUGCUCAGUCUUAAGGCUUUCACCUUCUUUGCCACCCACUUCCUGGAGCUGACCAGUCUGGACAGCCUCUAUCCUAAUGUGGAGAAUUACCAUUUUGAGGUCCUACGCACCUUCAGCGAGGUGGGAAACUGCCACAAGAUCUCGUACACACACGUGCUGUCCAAGGGGCACACUGAGGAGAAACACUACGGUCUCCAGCUAGCCGAGGUGUCCACCCUGCCCAGCACUGUGGUACAAGAGGCCAAGAGGAUCGCUGCAGAAAUCACCCAGCAGAAAAAGCUGAACCAAACCUGCAGUACUGAAUCCAGGCAGCAGAGGGCGGUGUUCAGACUCGCCACGCGGCUGAUGCAGGCUGCUCGGAACUCCCGUCUGGACGAAGACAGUCUCCGAGAGUACCUGAAGAGUCUCAAGAAACAGUACGAGACUGACUGCCAACCUGUCGAGGAGUAAGCAGGACACCUUGCGGACUCUCUACAUCUAUAUAAGACACAUUUUAUUGAAGGAGUUUAAAAAUACUUACUCUUUGUUUGAGGCUAGAAAUAUUCUGGUUGUAGCUAUAGGUUUAUCCCUUCUUUUGGAGAACACUUUUCCUUGGUGAGAGUACCCAGGACACCUUGAGGACUCUCCGCAUGUUGGACACUUUGGUGAAGGAGUUUCA